CGUAGGAGUGAUGCGGAGACCAGGGGGAGCCUCCACCUUGUCUGGGUGUGUCUCCUACUAAAAGCAGCAGGUACUGCCGCAUUGUUGCUCUCGAGUUUCUGCUAGACGACUUGAACCGUCCAGAAUGGAUCUAUUCGACUUUCUGCUUCUUUUUCUCCUCUCUUUUACCGGGUCCUGUUUUGCGCAGAGUGUUCUGCCACCUGGUCCAAAGGAUGCAGCUGUGGGGCAAAAUGUGACCCUUAAUCUCCUUUAUGUGACGAAGCCAGACGACAUCACAGUCUGGAGUUACAGUAACGGAGCUACAGCUACUAACGUCGCUACUCUUCGUCCUACCGGGGUUCAAGUGAACGCAGCAUACAAAGGAAGAGCCUCCGUCAACACAACCAACGGAUACCUGACUCUCGCCUCGCUGACUGCGAAAGACAGCGGAGAAUACAGCGUGAGCAUUAUAGGAGAUGGAGACACUUUAACCGGAGAGAUUAAAGUCAGAGUCCUGGAUCCGGUGUCUAAUGUAGUCAUCAAGUCUGACCUUCCUGAAGCCAUCGAGCAAAACAGCACCGUGGUUCUCACAUGUUCUGCCUCAGGCUCUUUCUUGAAAUUCUCCUGGACCAACAUCACCUCGCCCAUCGUGGCUGACGGGACACGGCUGACGUUCACAGAUACGGACAAUUCCAGUAAGCUCACCAUCAAAGAUGUGCUCAGGUCAGACCUGAUGGGUCCCAUCUUCUGCAAAGCUGAAAACUCACUGCAAAGUGCUCAGAGCCCUGCUUUUAACCUCACUGUUUACUAUGGACCAGACAAUGUCUUCAUCACCCCCCUGAAACCUACGGAGUACAUAGAGUCCAAAACUGACUUCAACCUGACUUGUUCGACCACCUCAAGCCCGCCUGCCACCUUCACCUGGUUUCACAACACGACCCCAAUCAAGGCCACCGGUCCAAUCCUCACCUUAAAAACCAUAGAGGAGCAGGGAUUUGGGAAGAGAAUAGGUGACUACAGUUGCAGAGCCCAAAACGCCAAGACCAGCCGGAUGGCCUCUUCUGCUGCUGUUCGAUUCACAGUGAUGGAGCCUAUUUCAGGUGCUAAAAUUACCUACCCAUCCGGUGUCCUCAUCGCCGGCAACAGCUCGGCCAACCUCAGCUGCCAGGCAAUGUCGGGCAAUGUGACGGAAAUAACCUGGCUAAAGGAUGACAAACCUCUGGUUUCCGGCCCCCUCGUGGUGAUUUCCAGUGACAAAAGCUCAGUUUUUAUCAGCUUGCUAAAGAAAGAAGACAAUGGACUCUACACGUGCAGGCUACGCAACGCAGUCAGUAAAAAAGAAGAUUUCUACAAGAUGGUGGUAAUCUAUGGGCCUGAACCAGCCAAAGUGGAAGGUGACAAUCAAGCACAACUGGACCAACGCGUGGUGCUCACCUGUGCCGCCGCGUCCAUCCCUCCCGCAAACAUCACCUGGAAGCUAAAUGGCACCGUGCUGAAUACCAAAACAAAUGAGUUUAUUAUCGAGAAUGCUUUGUACAAAGACUCUGGGACGUACACCUGUGAGGCGUACAAUGCCGUCACCGGCAGGACUACGACAUACUCCCACGUUCUCAUGGUUAAAGAAGAGAUCGAUAAUGGUCUCUCAGAUGGAGCCAUCGCUGGAAUCGUUAUCGCCUGCCUCGUUGCUUUGGCGGCAAGCAUCGCCCUAAUCUUUUACUGUCGACAGAAAGUACCGGUUGAGUCACCGUACUAACCAUGCCCCUGCAGGCUGCUGGCUCAAGCACCUCAUCGUUUUAUUUCCCAUGAUCCUCUUGUGCAGCCACAGAAGGAGCGCCCGGGUGGAUCCUGCUGGUUUCCUGUGAAAGACUCGUCCAACCGGCAGUUCCAUCACGCCGUUCCGCCUCCUUUUGUCUGGCUGUCAAGGACGAUGGAAAUUAGAAAAUAAAAAUAAAAACAAAGCAGUGGAUUAUAUCAGGAUUUGGAUUAGGAACCGUAAUUUUAAUUAAAACACAAUUAGUUAGCUUUUUUUUGCUACUUUUACUGUAAGACCACUGAUUUCCCCUGGAUUACUGCCUUCCACGUGUUUUUGACAAACUCCUAUUUUUCUCUUUUUCUCGCCUGAUCAGAUUUUUUUUUUUUUUUAAUUCAAGGACAAAAAAAUUCUUCUACGGAGACUUUUCUUGGACAAAAACUGGUGGACUGAUGGUUGUGAGGAGACACACACACACACACACACACACACACACACACACACACACACACACACACACACACACACACACACACACACACACACACACACACACACACACACACACACACACACACACACACACACACUCGAGUAUUACCAAACAACUCUGAUCUCAGAGGCCACCCAAGUAAACAUUCAGGUAUUUUGCUUCAUAACAGUAUCUGAAAAAGGUUUGAUUCAUCUCCUUGUACGUACCAGAUGGGCGGAGUUUUCAUGAUAGGCUUUUUAAAUUAACUUUUAGAAGUUUUCUUGAGGUUUGAAGCUUUUAUCCAUUAAAAUGUAGGUCUCAGAAUACCUCAGUUUGUUUGGUGCUCACAGAUUUAAGGGUUACUUAUAUUUUUUAGCACAUUUAGCCAAAACCAAGUUGGUUUGUUUCACUUUGAGGUCACUACAGAAAUAUCCAGGAUAUCUCCCUCCUUUGUUCCUUUAAUCUUUCCUUAUCUCACCAAUAAAAAACAAAUACUUGCCAAAAAAUUCUCAGAAACCAACUAAACAGAUUUUAAAAUAAAGAUCUUUGGAAACAAACGUAAGGCGACAUAGUUCAAAUCAAGAUUAAAUUUUUUUGAAGAUUCUCAAUUAUUGUGCACAAUAGAUUCAAGAACAGAUUUUAGUUUACAAAAUAACUUUAAAAGGCUAAUAAAAUCAGAUUAAAAGUGUAAAAAAUAAAUAUUUUAUAGUAAUGAUGAUUUUAUCUUCGGUUUUAUUAAAUAUUUUGUUCAUGUCACUCAUAUUCACUGCAUUUGUGUUUAAAAUUUAAUGUAAAUUUCAGGCAGAAAUGUUUUACGGGAGUAAUCACCUUGAAACAUGUGACUGUUGCUAAUGCAAAACAGGAAACGCAUCACAUCAAAGCUUUCGUCAGAUAAAUCCUGUCACUGCCUCAGCCUGCCACACAAGACCUGGCAAAGCUUUCAAAUGUGACUUCUUUUAGACGUCCAAACAGGAUUUAAACCGAGUCAGAAGUUCAUCAGAUCCACUAAAGGAAAGUAAUACUUUCGAAAUUCUCCUCAAUGAAGGUUGUAAUGAGUUCCUGCUCCAGACGUGUGGAAAGUGUCGGUUCAUCUUUACUGAGUUGGAUCUGUGGGAGCGCCCAUUUGCUCAUCUGAAGUGUGGAUCAUCAGAAUCUAAUCUUUCAGAAUAAAUCAUUAACAUUUGAAUAAAAAUAGCAUCUAAUUAAAUAAAUCCAUCCAACUUAUCAGCUUUUUGGGCCACUACUUGCCACCAGGCUGCCAUGUUUCACCAGUUCUGCUCUGCAAGUCAAAUCUGAACUAAGUCCCAGCUUCCUUAGCUCCAGUUCAGGAUCCUGCCCACCAUUUGAAUCAUCCUCUCAUCUUGAAAAAUGCAAAGGAGGGACAAGUUAAGAGGCAAGAUUGAGCACGCAGAGCCAAGAAGGAGCAGGAAGGCUUUAGCUGGAAAGUUCUGCUCACUUUUACUAUAAUUGGACACAAGUUGUUUUGGACUAAAUCAUCAUUUGUGGAAGCUAAUUAUAAAAAGUGUAAAAAAAUAAGUUCAAAAAGCAUCAAAAACACUUUUUGUAUUAUUCUGACCUAUUGAGUAUUUAUCCAUCCACGUCAGCUGAUUUAUUUGCAUUUUUCGCUUGAUGAUUAGUGGUUGUGUGUGGUUACAGACUUCCAUGUGCACUGAUCUCCAGGAAAAAAAGGGAAAAAAAAAGUAUUUAUUUUGUAAUUUUAUGACUGGAGAUGAAGAUCGAGAUCAGCAGGUCACACGUCCAGAAACUUGUCCCAAUUUUUGAAAAACUGAAUGGUGAAAAACUUUAAAAGAUAAUGUCUUUAUCUUAGGAUGACACAAAGCACAGAAUGUAUGAAUAACAGCUUGUAGAUAUGACAUUUGUUGUCCUAAACUGCCCUGACUGUAAAUAGAAACAUGUACGACCCUGUAAACAGUUGUUUUGUUUUUGUUUUGUGGAUUCUAUAUUUGGGGUUUGAUUUCAUGUUACGAAUUAAGAGGUUAUGUUGAUGUUUACAAAACCUGGUUCACCUCGUUAAAAAUCCUGUAGAAAACCGUCAAACGCUCCGAUCUACCAGGAGAAACAUUCUGUAACAAGUGAUAAACAUCUUUGAAAUAUUUUCCUAAUUUUGACUUUGUUGCCUUUUGUUUUGUUCCUUUUAUUGGGUUUUUACUUUUUACCUCUGAGGUGUCACUAUUUAAAAAGAAACAACCAAUUAGAGUCUCUGUGCGAGUUCAAACCAUCCAAUCACAACCCUUUCCUGUGUCAGCAUGACCUAACAGUUCAGGCCGCCCUCGGCCGCCACGCCCGAGUCUCCUCCGUACGUCUGAGGAAAUAAUCUGUCUUAACAAGUCUUCUUCCUUCAGAUGACACUAAAACGUCUUCAAGGCGAAAAAUGCAAAGAAAAAAUCUGUUCCAGCAGUUUUUUUUUCUUUCUAAACUAGACUAAUAAUCUGUUUUUGCCCACAUGACUCAUUUUCUUCCUCUUGUUUGAGAGUUAUUGAAAGAUUAAUUCUUCGUGAACUCAAGAAUUUGGCCAUUUUCACCUUUGAAAUAAUUAAGCUAGUUUAAGGGCUCGCCCCCUACAGCCUUUCUAAAGUGUAGAUUUGACUAAAAAUGACAAGAACCUGAGUAACGUUCAUAUUAAACGCGAAGUUUUACCUCACAGACCUUGUGGAGUUCCUGCAGCAGAACGACAGUAACAACAACAGUGAGCCAACUGUGUGCACUAGCCUAUUGUUUCAGUACAAGAAUGAUUUUAAGUGCAACGAUCAGUUAUACAGUUGAGCCCACAGAACUUAAUAUGCAAAGAUCUGAUAGACUGCUACAGAAAACCUAAAAAAAUCUAAAUGCAAUAAUCUAGUUUAAAGCUUAUGUGCUGAAAGAAGGAGGAGAACUGAUUUUAUUUUGAUUUUAAGACUCACUUAGAUUUUAUGCAUUUUCUCUAAAGGUUGCACACCUGUAGACCAGUCCAGCGGCUCCCUAAGUUGGGGUCGUGACUCCACUGGGUCACCAAAAACCACACAGGGGGUCUUGAGAUAAUUUCCAGAUAUCAAAAUAAAAUUCAAAAACAACAGCUGAAGCUAUAUUAUUGCCAUCAUUGUUAAAAAUAAACUCAGCUAAAUUUUCAUAAGUGGAUACAAGUAAAGUGCCCUGAAUUAUUUAGCUUUUUAAGUAUGUUUGUAUCAUCCGUUCAGAUUUCUGGGGUUUCUACCAUUUCUAUUUAGUGGAUCUGAAGCAGAAAAGUUCAGAAACCGCUCGACUACUAUUGCUCCACAUACAUCUGAGGUAAGAUGUUACUCUAAUAGAUUCUGAUGUUGUGUUUCGGACUGUAUUGUGUAAAUAAAAAGCUACAUUAUAUAUAUAUAUAAUUUGAAGCCCUAAAAAGAAGUAAGGUGCAUCAGGCCUGAAUUUCAGUUUGGUGGAUUUUUCUCUUACCUAGAUUUUAGGACCUCAAAGGGAUAUUUUUGAACAAUUAGUUCAAAAGACACAUAAUGUAAUUUUUUUUUAAAUUAACUGAAUAAUAAUUGGCUUGAAUAAAUAUGGCAAGAAGCCAAACAUACUCGUAUGAGGAGGUCAGUUUUCACCUUCAAGUGCAUUCUUGUGUAAAAAAGAUGCUUCCCCCUUACUGGAAUUUUCUUAGCUUCACCUUAUCUUGCUCAGGAAGUUUUGCAGCUGCACACUACUUAAUACCACGUGCACAGGAUGGGGAUUAUAAUCCCUUUUUUUUUUUUACUGAAGAUAAGGAAAGCUGAACAAGUAAAGGCAAGAAAGGAAAGCAAAUCAGCUGAACAAGAUGGUUAAAAAUAUAAAAAUGCAAGAAUUGUUAACAAUUUGUGCAACUCAAGAAGCAGCAAACUCCAAAAGGAGCAUUGUAAAACUGGAACAGGCCGGUCUGAAUGUGUUUUUAUUGGAAAGGCAAACACCAGAAUAAAGUUAUGAUUUAAUCUGAAAUCCCCUUCUCUGCAUAAAGGACCUACCAGGAUGUUUUUGUCCAUGAAAAUGUUCAAACGUUUAAAGAAUGGCUGGAAUUUGUGCUGCCAUCUUCUGCUGGAGCCAUUAUUUGCAGCUGGAAUGUGCAGCACCAAGCAGGUCCUCUUCCCACACGUUAACGUCACAGCCUGGCUACACAUCUGGUCACAAGCCAACCCUGCUGAAAGUGAAGAAAGAACAAAAAACCUGUAACAAUAUUGGUUUCUAUCACACUGAUGUGAUCCAUGCUUAUGAGUAGCUUGCUGAUGUCUGGAAAGAAGUGAUCAUGACAGACAGCCGUGAUCGACAGCUCCUCGGCUUGUGUCCACAGCGACCUACAUGGAAGCUGUAGGUGAUUUAAGGGGAAACUAUUGUGUGAUGAUAUGCUGACAGGAGUUUGAUUGCCAACUCUCCACCCUGCUGCUGAUGUUGUUCAGCCUAAAUGAACUAAUCAGCAUAAUGGAAGCCACUGCAUUUGAAAUAAGCUGGCUUGUCUUAAGCGCAGUGACAAGUGGGAUUUGUGGUUUGAGUCGUGUAAACAGAGAAAACGCUACAGCUUUUUGUUUUGCACAUCGCACACCAGGAUGUUAGAAAACAAUCAUUGCUGUUGACGUGGGAAGAAAUCUGGUAGAGGAGAAUCAAAAUGAGCCAAAACAUGAACUUUAUGUCAGAUGUUGAAUGACUGUAAAAGAACCGUUAUUAAUCCAAUAUUCUUCCUGUCGUAUUGCAAAAUAAAAUGGCCUCAGUUGGUCUUGAAACUUCAGC